AAUGAAAAGUAUUUCAGGAAUAUUAGUCAUUUUGCUAUUAAGUCAGAGUGUUUUUUGUAGCCCAAAGAAGAUCAAUACAGAUUUUUUGAAUUUACUUAGUUCUAAAACAAAUGUUAUGAGUUCAUAAGAUGCUAUCCAAUCAGUUCUUAUUUUAUUAGAAGAUCUUUAAGGAGCAAAUGUUGAAGCUCAAGAUAAAGCUGAUCUUACAUUUUAAAGAUUUGAACAAGCCAUUUUGUAAGAUAUUAAUGAGUUCUCAGGAAUUGUAAAUGUGAAUUCUAAGAGUGCUGCUGCUGCUCAAUAAGAUUUAGAAGCUGUCGAGUAAUUAUUUAUAUUUUAAACAUAAAGCCUUAAAAUCUAAUAAACAACAGACUAUUUGAAUUGGAAUAAUAAAAGAUUCAAGGCAAAUGAAGUUAAACUUGAAAAUUUAGCUGAAUAAAGAUGUGAAGCCAAUGCCUUAUUUAUUGAUACAUUAAGAGAAUACAAGAAUGCACUUUCUGUACUUGAUUGGGUAAGAAGUGAUGCAAAAAGCAAAUAAAGUACAUUAAUAGAAAAGAACCAUAUUGGAGAUUAUGCAGAAAAAUUGAGCAAGUAUGCUAAUCUAUUUGAGGAAUAAGCUGUAUAAGAUUUUGUGAAAUUAGGUGAAGAAGAAGCUUCAUUUGCAUAGACAAGUAGAAUAUAUAUUUUAUUUUAGGAUAACAUGGAAACGGUGAAUAAAUAGCAUCAUUAGUAGAAAAAGAUGUUGUAGGAAUUAUUUAAUAAUUAAUUGAGAAAUUAAGAGAAACUAUCAAAGGUCUAGAAGAAUAAGAAAUAUAAUCAGCUAAUGAUUUUGCUGAUUUUAAGACUAAUUUAUUGGCUGAAUAAGAAUCUUUAAAGUAAGAAUAUGAUGCUAAAGCUAAAUUUUUGAAUUCCUUAUAAAAUGAUAAAGAAUUAGCAUCAGAUAUUUUGACAAAAAAAAAAGAACUUUAAGAUUAAAGUAUGAGAAUUUUGAGUUUGACUUAAGGUAAUAUUCAAAUAUUAUUAAAUAAUAGAGGAAUACAAUUAUAAAAAGAAAUUAUAUAACUCUGAAAAAGAAAAAAGACAUGAAGAAAACUAGUUAUUAGAAGAAUCUCUUCUAAUUUAUAGAGAAAAGAUAGCUACAGUUAAUGAAUAUUUGAAAAAGAGAGUAAAUGAAUAUGUUGGAGAAUCCCUCAUUGAAGAACAUGCUGUCAGUAAUUAAGUUCCAGUUCAAAAUAGAAAGGGGAAAUAAUGAU